AUGUUCCAUCUUGUGCUGUCGCUAUACACGCAGUAUAGCCGGCGGGAACAGUACAAUGUUCUCAUUCUUGGGCUUGACAACGCGGGGAAAACAACAUUUUUGGAACAUAUCAAGCUUCUCUAUCCGGCGAGUCAUGAGAAGGAAAAACAGCAGCUGGCCGAGGAACAAGAUACCGUACGCAUCUUGAAAGGGAAAAGAAUCCUCCCCACGGUAGGGCAGAAUACUACAACUGUGCGGUUUCGCCCAGAUGAAAGUAGCUCGCUUACUGCUUCGGCCCAAUUCCGCAAUAUCAACCUCAAGUUCUGGGACUUGGGUGGCCAGCUCUCUCUUCGCAGUAUGUGGUCACGUUAUUAUCGCUCGUGCCACGGCAUCAUUUUCCUUAUAGACCUGACGGACACUGAGCGCUUCCAGGAGUGCUAUGAAACGCUUAUGAGCAUAGCGCAUGAUUCCUCGUGGGCUGCAGAUGGUUCGGAGAGCGUUAACGUGCCCAUUUUGAUGCUUGCCAAUAAGCAGGACUUGCCGCUGGCGGUGGAUCUCGUGGCGUUGAAAACAGGAGUGUUCAUUGAGGUGGUGAGCCAGCUUGAAGCUACCGAUCUGAAGUUAUUGCCGGUUCUGGUAUUAGAAAACCAAGGCUUGCGCGAGAGUCUCGAGUGGCUUGUCACUCGCUUAGUCUACAACAAGGCCAAUCGUGCUCCCGAGUACAAGUAA